UAUUCCUUGAUCAUAUUUCAUCCUAAUAACCUUUAUUUAUAUUUAUUGUUUAUGCUUGCAUAACUUGAUGGGUUUCUACUUUAUCCAUAUUAUUUAUUCAUAUCCUUAAAAGCCGGGUUAUAUAUUUAACUGUCGGGUAGUUUGCCUAGUUGCUAAACUAUAGCUAUGGGUGGUUUAUCAAAACAACACUUGAUACGUGAUUUAUAUUUUGGAACCACUAUGAUGAACUGACGAUGAUAAUUAAUUUAAAAUCAUGGAGCUACCACUUGGAAAAACAGUGCAACCACAAGAGCUAUAUGGCUCUGAUCUUGGCUAAUUAAUUAGAUUUCUCUAACUUGUUAGUAGCUUAACGAAAGAUGCAAGAGGAGGACUAGGUUCUCGGCCUGCCAAAAGGGUUGGUACGCCUACGGGGUGGGGGAGGGUGCACUCGUCUAGUGGGUGAAAUCUUAGUGGACUAUUACUUGUUAGGGAGUCUUUGUAAAGACCUCAUAGUAUACCCAUGCAGUCAUACCUUGGAAGUGUGAUGGUAGUGCCUGAUCAGCACCUACGUGACAGAUAACACGACUUAUGGGUAAAGUGUAUGUCAGAGUCGGGCCCACGGGACUGCGCACAUAGCAUAUAUCUUACAGGAUAAGGGGUGGGAUAGGGCCCACGCCCUACACCAGUUGUAACUACUACUAGCGUAGUAGAACUAAUCAUACAGUAGCAUAGAAAACUAUCCGAAAAGUACUCGGGUCACUACACCAAAACAGCUCAAUUUCGUCGGCCACAUUUAUUUUCGUCGGUCCACCGAAAGCCGACGAAAACAACUAAAUUAGUUCGUCGGCUUACAAAGCCAACGAAAUUGCCCUUAUUUUCGUCGGCUUAGGUCAAGCCAAUGAAAAUGCUACUAUAGGUUCGUCGGCCUAGUAAGAGCCGACGAAACUAUAGCCACAUUUUCGUCGGCUAGACCUAAGUCGACGAAAAUAAGCUCAAUUUCGUCGGCUUCGGUAAGCCGACGAAAAUAGUUGACCUAACUAUACCCACAGCUCACCUUCGAUCCCUUUCUUUUCUUUCACAGCAGCCCCUCCUCCCCCAGCGUUGCGCCGCCGCCGCCGCCCGCGCCCCGCUCCAGCCCCCGUGCGCCGCCCGCGCACCCGCUCCGCCGCCCCGCCUGCGCGGCCCCGCUCCCCAGCGCCCACGCGCCGCCCGCGCCCCCGCGCGCCGCCAUGGAUGAGGAGUACGACGUGAUCGUGCUGGGCACAGGGCUCAAGGAGUGCAUCCUCAGCGGCCUCCUCUCCGUCGACGGCCUCAAGGUUCUACACAUGGAUAGGAAUGACUACUACGGAGGAGAUUCCACCUCCCUAAACCUGAACCAGCUCUGGAAGAGGUUUAGGGGGGAAGAGAAGCCACCGGCACAUCUAGGUGCGAGCAGAGAUUACAACGUAGACAUGGUUCCAAAGUUUAUGAUGGCAAACGGAACUUUGGUUCGUACUCUCAUUCAUACUGAUGUGAUGAAGUAUUUGUCAUUCAAUGUUGAUGGAAGCUAUGUCUUCAGCAAAGGGAAGAUUCAUAAGGUUCCUGCCACUGACAUGGAGGCUCUUAAGGGUGUGUUUGGUUCAGCUGUGGAUUCCUAAAAAUCUGAUUUCUGGAAUCAGCUGUGGGAAAGCUGCUGUUAGCUGACAACUGUAGGAAAGUUGAAAAUUGUUUGGCUGAAACAACUGUCAGCUGUGGAUUUCUGUAAGAAAUGUAUAUUAUGCCCCUAGGAUCCCAUAAGGCUCUUAUAUGCUAAUUAAUCACAUGGAUAUGUAGAUGACCGUUUUGGAAAGAAAAUAUUCAUGUUUGUUAAUAUUUGACAUAUAUAAUAAUUUAUACAAAAUAUAUAUCCACGUUAUAAAAAUA